CUGCCAGAAAUCCCCGGAAAAGCCAAACUCACGUAUCGUGUUGUGCUGGAACAGUGCGGAGAUCCUCCAUGUUACGAAAAAAUGUCGAGAGAUCACCGAUUUCAAAUAGCCGAUAGGAAACGUGAAAAGGGAAAUUACUACUUUUCCCGACAAGAAUACCUGUUCGCGCUGACGACCUACACGAAGGCUGUCGAAAUCCUCACCAUUCAUUCAGACUCUAAUGAGGUUCCCACUGAAUCAGAGGACGAUGCUCCCCCGCGGACUCCCGCCGAAUUCUUGGACCUGGAGAUCAAGUUGAGAAAUAACGUUGCUGCUUCGCAGCUGAAGCUCGAAGCCUAUGAAGCGGCCGCCAAAACCUCCGAUGCAGUCCUUCAAUUAGACCCGACCAAUUCAAAGGCACUUUUCCGGAAAGGAAAGGCUCUCGUUGGACUUGCAGACUUCUCAGAAGCCAUCACUCUUUUUGAGAAGGUUCUCGAACUUACGCCCACCUCCAGUCAGGCGAAGUUUGAGUUAGCUAAAGCGCGGACUGCCUGGAAAAAGAUGCGUGAACGCCAGAGACGUGCAUUUGGACGCAACUUCAAGACCAUGAUAACCAAGGCGAAGCCUACACGGACCAAACUGGACAGUAUAAAAGAUAUUACCCAACAGUUUAUCAACCAUCCCAUGAAGGAUUUUGUACUUACUAACUUACUUGUACUGGUUACGGCUGCGAUCAUGACUGAUCUAGCCAGCCUCAAUUAUGUCCCGUAUGGUGCUUCUUUACGCGCGACAAUCAGUGGCCGCAGACCUGGACAGUUCGACUCAUUCUCUUCGCCAGCGCCGGAGACCGAAUACCGAAGGUCCAAGAACCACUUCCAUGUCACUUCCAUGUCGAGCCAGGUUUUGAGUUGA